AUGGCAUUAUUGAAGACCUUCACGGCUUUGGCUGCCACCGGGCUUUUGCCUUUGUCUCAUGCAAAACAAGUUAACUUUGACUUGAACCUCACUUGGCAAAAGGGUGCACCGGAUGGCAACUUGAGGGAAAUGAUCUUCAUGAAUGAUCAAUUUCCUGGUCCUGAGCUACGACUCGACCAAGGUGAUGAUGUCGAAUUUGUUGUACACAAUAACAUGCCUUUCAAUACUACAAUUCACUUCCACGGCAUUGAGCAGAGGAAUACUCCGUGGUCUGACGGAGUUCCUGGUCUCACCCAAAAGCCAAUUCAACCCGGUCAUAGCUGGACAUACCGCUGGACCGCCACUCAGUAUGGAACUUACUGGUACCAUGCCCAUGCUAAAGCUGACAUGAUGGAUGGUCUCUAUGGACCUAUCUGGAUCAAUCCUGGCCCUGAUGUUCCUCAACCUUUCCAUCUUAUCUCGAACAACACGCAAGACAUCGAGGCAAUGCAAAGAGCGGAAAAGAAUCCUCAGCUUGUCAUCCUCUCUGAUUGGGACCACUUAACUUCGUCCGAAUAUCAGAAAGCCAUGGAAGAUAGCCGCCUUGGCAUUUUCUGUUCUGAUAGUGUCCUUAUCAACGGCCGCGGAGCAGUGUAUUGCCCCGGAACAGAGAAAAUCUCAAUUGUGGAACUUUCCUACCUGAAAACUGCUAUUGACAACCAGCCACUAAGUGAUAAGGGAUGUCUGCCCAACAUUUACGAAACCCAGGGAAACUUUCCCCCUACUUAUGUAGACAGAAUUCCAGCUGGUGUAAACUCCGGAUGCAAUGCUACUACUGGCCUCCAUGAGAUUAUUGAAGCCGACCCCAAUGCCGGCUGGGUCAGCCUCAAAUUCAUUAGCGCCUCCUCUCUCAAGGCUCUCAUGUUCUCAAUUGACGAACAUCCAAUGUAUAUCUACGAGGUUGACGGUAGCUAUAUCGAGCCUCAACUAGCUGAGACUGUUCCCAUCUUCAAUGGAGAGCGGUAUGCAGCCAUGAUCAAGCUUGACCGGGCCUGGAAGGACUAUACUAUCCGGGUUCCUGAUACACAAGGCGAUCAGGUCAUCUCCGGGUUUGCUACCCUAAGAUACAAAGGCUCUGAUGACAUCGCUCCAUCUAAUCCUUACGUGGACUAUGGUGGCAGGAAUACCUCCACUUCCGUUAUUCCCUUGGACAACAGGGCCAUCAAGCCUUACCCUGCUGUCACCAUCCCUCAGACUGCCGAUCAACUAGUCAAUCUGACAAUCGGGCGUACAGGCUCGGCCUACACUUGGACUACUUCAGGGGGUGGCUUGUUUGACAUGAUGGCCAACUGGGAUGACCCAAUUCUCUAUGACAUCAACGCAAAGAACAAUUUGGAUCCCCGUACUACCAUUCAGACCAAGAAUGGUACAUGGGUUGAUUUGUUGCUACAGCUUGGUGAAAUGCCUAACACUCCUGCCAUACAAGCCCCUCAUGUCAUGCACAAGCACUCCAACAAAGCUUUCAUUCUGGGUGUCGGUCCUGGCUUUUUCAGUUGGUCUAGCACUGAGGAGGCUUACGCUGAGCACCCCGAGUUUUUCCAAAUGGAAAACCCUCAAAUGAGAGAUACCUUUGUUACAAAUGGCCCGACCGGUCCAACAUGGAUGAUUGUGCGGUACCAGGUUGUUAACCCGGGCCCGUUCCUAUUCCACUGCCAUAUCGAAACGCAUAUGUCGAAUGGAAUGGCCAUUGCUAUCCUCGAUGGUGUUGAUGUGUGGCCUCAAGUGCCAGCCGGAGAAGACCAGAGCCCAGGUAUUCAGGCCGGACCCCUUGACCAAGACGAGGAUGAUACUCAGGAUAUUGACUCAUCGCCACUCGAGCCUCUCAUUUAUAUCCCUAUUUCUGCCGGAAGGAAUACUUGGUCUGCGGCUCCAGAAAUGCCUGUUGGGAUAUCGCCUGCAAAGCAGUAG